AGCAACAAUCUCUAUUCAUUCCCACAAAGUGAGAAAACCAUCCCAAACUUCAUCCUCUCAUUCAUCACUACACUACCACUUCCAAGUUCAAGCAAUUCAAAACAUGGAAAUAACAAGGUACUUAAGCAGACGGGGCUAUCGGCGUCUCGACUACGGCACAACAACCGCCGGCCGACGGAAGAAGAUGCAAAUCAUAAGGAUGAGAAGUCCACGUAGGGAUUGGAAGAUCAGAACAAGCCCAAAGCUAAGAUGGAUGAUAAGAUCACCAUUGAAAUUGUUGACAAAAGUCAAGAAUACGUAUAUGAACUUUAUGUUGAAGUUGGCUGGUAAUGUAGGAGGGGCCUUUAAUACUGAUAACAAGUUUGGUAUGAAACGGAUUCCAAAGGCUCGUCAAGUGUCUAAUUCUAAAGGUUAUUCUGGUGAUGCAUUUGAGGCUAGGCUUAUAUUUGAGAUUUCUAAGACCUUGGUGGCUUCACAUGAACUAUAUUCCAUGUAGUAUUUUGUUUUCUAAAAUUUAUUGUAAAAAUUCUACCUGAUUCUUCAUCAUGAAGUGUUGAGAAUUGUUAUUUAUUUUUGAACGGAGGAUCUGUUAAGGAAUCGAUUCAAUUGUAUCUUCUUUUUCUUUUAAUGAAAAAAAAAAAUCAAUUGUAACAUUUUUUUAGUAUUGAGCAUGAAUAGUUCUUAGUAUUUCUUUGUGAAAA